AAUGAGCAAACGAGACUGCACCUUUUUAGAUUAAUUCCGGAGGAUCAAAAUAUGAAGACCAUGAGUCCACUUCACAUUGUCACUCCUUUAAGAGAGAGUGUGCCCCUGUCAAAUGUAGCAGGUACUUCAGUGCAUCUGAAGCUGGACUCCUGCCAGCCUACAGGUAGCUUCAAAAUUCGAGGCAUUGGUCAUUUGUGUAAAACGUGGGCAGACACUGGCUGCACUCGAUUUGUUUGCUGCUCGGGAGGCAAUGCUGGCAUGGCAACUGCGUACUCUGCACGGAAGUUGGGAGUACCUGCCACUAUAGUGGUGCCCAGUGUCACUCUCUCUGGCACUGUGCAGAAACUUAAUGAUGAAGGAGCAGAUGUGAUCAUUCAUGGCAAGUCACUGAAUGAGAGCAUUGAAUAUGGUAAGCAGCUAGUGUCUGACAACUCUGGCUGGGUAUUCAUCUCCCCCUUUGACGAUCCCCUUAUUUGGGAAGGUCACACAUCUCUGGUAAAAGAGCUAGAGUCCCAGCUGGAUGAAAAGCCAGGAGUUGUGGUGUUGUCUGUGGGUGGAGGUGGCCUCUUGAAUGGAGUUAUUGAAGGACUCCACCGUGCUGAAUGGGAAGAUGUCCCGAUCAUAGCUAUGGAAACAGUGGGUGCCCACAGCCUCAAUGAAGCCAUGAAAGUGGGAGAGCUGGUAACACUGCCAGACAUCACCAGUGUUGCUACCACAUUGGGCCUUAAGCAGGUGUCAUCUCAAACUAUGAAGCUUGUGGGUGAACACACUGUCUACUCAGAGCUGGUCACUGACCAGGAAGCUGUAUGGGCUCUUGAGCGUUUCAUUGAUGAUGAAAAGAUUCUAGUCGAACCAGCUUGUGGUGCUGCUCUUGGAGCAAUUUACUGCAACAUCAUCAGCCGUCUACAGAAGGAGCGCAAGCUGGCUCAGAAGUUAGGUCCUGUGGUCGUUGUGGUGUGUGGUGGAAACAAUAUCAGCAUAGAGGAACUGAAAAGGCUGAAGAAGCAGCUGGGAAUGACCUGCUAGACAAGCAUACAUCAGAUUUCCAAAAGACGAACAAUGUUGGAAGUUUGAACAUCACAUUUAUGUAUAUGUUGAACAAUUUACUUUAAAUAAAAAUGUUCAGUGUUCCAGUCAGUAUCAUGAAUUAGUACAGGACUGAUUGCUGGUCUUUUGAAUUUAUUAAUGUACCAAAUGUAUUUUGCAUGUUUAUAAAAUGUGGCAGCAUUUGUGCAUUAUGAAAUAUUAUUCUGCAUUCACUGUAAUUGUAAUUGGCCACAUAUAAAAUCAAGUAAACACUCAUGUUCAGAAAGUUUAUAUAUGACAGGCCAGUGAGAGUGAAUUCUAUGUAUAUUUCUACCUUGCACAGCUAGGUCCUAUGUAAUUCUCUGAAACAAUUACAUUUUCACAGAAAAUAAGAUACAGGAUAAAGAAGAACUAGGGGCCUUAUGACACUAGGACCCCCCUUGCCAACAUGUAAUUAUCUUUCUUGUAACCAUUAUUAACCAUUAAAUAUUUAGUUAAUAAUUGUGUGGAAGAACUAAUGUCCU